AUGAAGAUCCAAUUCUCCCCGUCUUUGGUCCUUCUCCUCCUUCCCGCCCUGACGACUGCGGCGGCAGAUCUCAACUCGGCCAGUCAACCGGGUGCUCGUGUCGCCGGUGCGUCAUCCGAUCUGAACUCCCGCUACGUCGAUUCCGACUCGAUCGCAUCUACCAAUGCUGUCAAAGGGUCGCUGGACGCCCCAGUAGACGGCAAGGAUGGCCGGCCGCAUGCCGGUCCGUGGGUGGAAACCAAUGCGGAGCGCGACCGCAAGACCAACAAGGGCAGUGACGAUAUCGACCUGGUUUCAACGAAGUAUGACCUUAAAAUUCCCUCCUCGGAGCACCUCAGCACCGAAGAAGGCAAAGUGAUCCCGCACUCCAACGGCGGUGUGAUGGAUGACCCAGAUCGGGCUGGCCCCAAGGCAGGCACCAGAGGCACCGAGGGAGGGGUUUCGGAAAAGGGAAAGGAGAACCAGUACAACGCUGAGAAAGUGCCUGGAAGUCCCAAGGAGGCUCCUCCGUUGCCGCAUAGCGAGAAGCAGAAGCAAUCUUCUGAUAGCGAUGCGACCGUGGGAAGUGGUGGUCGCACCGCCGACGAGGCUGGAACGCUGGGAAUGCUGGAGAAACCGGCCGAUCUCCCCAACAAGCCCCACGAUAUCCCCCACCCCAAGUCACCCUCCCAAGCCAAAGACGACCCUCUGGCUGUCCAGCAUGGCUCCGCUGGCUCGGGAUCAUACCCCGGCUCGUCUACCUACGACAAGACAUCGACUCAGGUCUCUCCGGAUGACGGUGAUGGACUACACUCUCUAGUCUUUGCAUUCACCAUGAUCAUCGUUUCUGAGAUUGGUGACAAGACUUUCCUCGUCGCGGCACUCAUGGCAAUGAGACACCCACGAUUGGUUGUAUUCUCCUCUGCCUUCUGUGCUUUGUUCGUCAUGACCGUUUUGUCCGCUAUUCUCGGCCACGCCGUUCCGACUCUGAUUCCCAAGUCACUCACCAAGCUGAUGGCGGCUGUGCUCUUCCUCGUCUUCGGUGGUAAGAUGCUGAAGGAAGGCCGUGAGAUGUCUCCAGAUGAGGGCGUCGGAGAGGAAAUGCGCGAGGUCGAGAUGGAGCUGGAAGAGAAGGAGCAGGAGCAGCGCCGCAUGGGCCGUCGCCGCUCCUCAGUCACUCCCCACUCGCUCGAAGCUGGUCGUGCUGGUGGUCGUCCCAAAUCGCGUGGUUCUACAAACCGACUGCCUUCUCCUCCUGAGAGCAUUUCCUCGUCUUCCUCCCGUGGCUCAUCUCCCCACCCUCGCCGUCGUUUGAACGACAUGAUGGUUGGCGUGAGCAACCUCUUCUCUCUUCUGCUUAGCCCAGCGUGGGUUCAGACCUUCGUCAUGACCUUCCUCGGCGAAUGGGGUGACCGUAGCCAGAUCGCCACCAUCGCCAUGGCUGCCGGUCAAGAUUACUGGUGGGUGACCGUUGGUGCGAUCACCGGUCAUGCCAUUUGCACUGCCGCGGCUGUUAUCGGUGGCCGAGCUAUCGCUGGCCGUGUCAGCAUGCGCGUCGUGACUCUCGGCGGUGCUACGGCUUUCCUCAUCUUCGGUAUCAUUUACUUCAUAGAAGCUAUGUAUUAA